AUGGCUGAUAGAAAGUGUGUAGGCAAAAAAUAUGAAUAUUGCUUAAAUGAUAAACUGGGAUCUGGAACAUUUGCAGAGGUUGUCAAAGGAAAAAAUAAAUUGACAGAUGAAGUUGUAGCGAUCAAAGUAAUCAAACGAUCUAUUUUGGAAAAAUAUGGUGAUGACAUUUUGCAAUAAAUUCAGCUAGAAGUCAAAAUUCUAAAAGAAUUAGCAAAUCUCUCAAAGCAGACUAAAUGUCCCUUUAUAAAUAGAAUAUACGAAUUCCUAGAAACUGCAAAUAACUUUUACAUUGUUUUAGAGUACUGUAAUUAAGGAACCUUGUAUGAUCAAAUCAAGAAGGUUAAGAAGAUAGAAGAAAAAGAAGGCAUUUUCAUUUUAUUUUAAUUACUUUAAGCCCUUUCCUUACUUGCUAAUAAUAAUAUAGCUCAUCGGGAUAUCAAACCAGAAAAUGUUUUAAUUAAAGACGGAGUCUAUAAAUUAGGUGAUUUUGGUUUUGCAAGUUAAAAAUCGUUAUAUCAAACUCAUCUUGGCACUUAUCCAUAUAUGGCCCCAGAGUUUUUCAAUAGUGAUUCAUAUAAUUCGAAAGUUGAUAUAUGGGCCUUGGGACUUCUUACACAUGAGAUAUUAUUCAAGGAAUUAUAUUAUAUAGGUAAAAGUCAAUAUGAUAUUCAAUAAAAAAUAUUAACAAAGCCAUAUCUUUUAAAUGAUUAAAAGUACAAGAUUUCUGAAUAAUUAAAGAAUUUAUUAUGCAAAAUGGUCAAUAAAGAUUAAAAUGCAAGAAUAUCUGCACAGGAAGCCUUAGCAGAUCCUAUAUUUGAUUUCUGUAAACACGAUCCCAGGUAUCUAAAUAUUAUCGAGGCAGAAUAACUAAAUUGGAAUCUUGUUAAUUAAGAUGAAAAAAGUUGA